AUGGCAACUACCGAACAGCCUCUGCCGGCUGUGGCCAGCAAUGAGACAAAACUCAGUCAGCAAUAUGACACACCCUUGGGCCUUGCCCAUACAACGAUGAAUGCCCUAAAGGAUCGUAUAAAGCUUCAUUACGAUCUGGCCAGUGACUACUAUUUCAAUUUAUGGGGCGAACACAUCCAUCAUGGCUACUACCCUACGCCAGAAGCCAAAGCAACUGAGACCAAAGAAGUGGCACAAGUCAAUCUCAUCAAGCUCCUACUCGAAACUGCCAAGCUCCCAGCAACAGCAACGCAAUCACCACUCAAAGUCCUCGACGUAGGAUGUGGUAUCGGCGGUACAUCUCGCUAUCUCGCCUCAGAGCUCGGCGCCACAGUCACAGGCAUCACGAUAUCCACGAAGCAAGUCGAAAUGGCACGACGACUCACCAAGACCGCGGCGGCAAAGCAACAAGAUCAAAGCACAGCAUCAGACGUAAGUAAAGACAACAGCACCAACGACUCCUCAGAAUUCAUCCCCCUCGGCCCCAACAACGGCAAAGUCCAAUUCCUGGAACUCGACGCCGAGAAAAUGGGCGAACACUUCGCCGCUCAAUCCGCCUCCUUUGACGUCGUCUGGAUUAGUGAGGCCCUCUCUCAUUUCCCCAACAAACCGCUCUUCUUCGCAAAUGCGCAAAAGGUGCUCAAGCAGGGCGGGAAACUGGUCAUUGCGGAUUGGUUCAAGAGCGAGAGUGUGAAGGUGGGAGAUGCGGAUAUCAAGGCGAUUGAGGAUGGGAUGUUGUUGCCGCCGUUGUGUACGGAUGGAGAGUAUGUGGGGAUGGCGAGGGAGAAUGGGUUGGAGGUAUUGGGGGGUGGGGAGCCGAAGGAUAUUAGUGAGGAUGUUAAGCAGACUUGGGAUAUUACUUGGUCGCUGAUACAAAAUCCGUCGCUGUGGGCGUUCGCGUUCAGUCAGGGACGAGAUGGGAUUGCGUUCUUGCAGGCUUUCCGAGCUAUGAGACGUGGUUAUGCGAAUGGCAGUUUCCGAUACUCCGUGAUGGCGUUCCAGAAGUAG